CGCCGCUCGGGCGGCCGCAUGGGCCUUUCUCGGGCCGUUCCCGUCCUUGCGCUACGCGGAGCCGCCCGCGGUCACACGGACCUCAGCUGAGGCCUCAUUGAGACGUUUUCCCCGUUAAAAGUGCUCAGAGGAACGCACUAAAAGAGAUAGCAACAGAAACACUGUGUUUUAAACUGCAGUAUGAAAGCCUAUGGCAGAAAUUCCCUUGGGAAGCACUUUGUGGAUCUGAACAUUGUGUUACUCUGAAGCUGACGCAGGUUCUGCCCACGAGCCCUAUUCAGGAUGAAGUGAGCUAGUAAUCCAGAGCCAUGGUGGAGGUGCUUAUUAAGGAGGAAAAAGUGGGAAUCUGUGGCAGAACUACCUUUUGGUGAAAAUCCUGGAAAUUCUCAUAGCACUUUUAUUUAGCAACUAAAUUCAAGACAUGGGGCCAAUGAAAUAUAAAUCCAGCGUGUCCUCAGUGUCGAGCGGCCUGCAGUAUCACCGUUCCUUGGUGAAACGGAGCCAAAAAAUGAAUUUGUGCGUUAUAAGGACUUACUGCUCAUCAGCACCCAAGAGGCCCGAGGUGAAGUCUUCAGCAGAAACAGCCUUGCGCCUCCUUAAUCGCCUGACAGAAACGGGGACCGCGAUGGGCCGAAACUCCCUUCACAAAAUAUCCACAAUGUGCAAGAGUUGGUGGGACAGAUAUGAGGAGUUUGUUGGGCUUAAUGAAGUGCGAGAGGCUCAGGGAAAAGUGACGCAGGCUGAAAAUGUCUUUAUGGUAGCUCGAGGGAUAGUACGAGAGGCUCGUGAAAAUGUAGAAGCCCAACAAAUUAAACUGAAGGAAGUUCGGGACCGCUUAGACAGGGUCUCUCGGGAUGACACCCAGUAUUUAGAGCUGGCUACUCUGGAACACAGGUUGCUGCAGGAAGAGAAGAGAUACCGAGCUGCCUAUUUAAAUGCAGAAGAAUCUGAGCGAGAAAAAUUCUCUCUUUUCUCUGCAGCUGUAAGGGAAAGUCAUGAGAAAGAGCGAACAAGAGCUGAAAAAACAAAGAACUGGUCCAUUAUUGGUUCUGUACUGGGAGCGAUUAUAGGUGUUCUUGGUUCCACCUACGUUAAUCGAGUAAGGCUGCAAGAAUUAAAAGUCCUGGUGCUUGAAGCACAGAAAGGGCCAAUAAGUCUGCAAGAAGCCAUCAAAGAGCAGGCCUCCAGCCAUUCCUUACAGCAAAAGGAUCUCAGUGAUAUCAUAGCAGACCUGAAAAACAUGCUGCAAACAAGGACAUCACAGGAAAUAAAAGAAGGUGUCUUGUUAGUUAAAGAAGACAGGAAUGACUCCUUUAAAAUAGAUUCUCUUUUAAUUCCCUUAAAAGAACAGCUAAGCUACACUAAACAAGUCAGUUCAUGCCUGGGGAAUUUACAGCAGCAGUUUAGCAGUUUGCAGGAAAGUAUAGCACAAAUGGUGUCUGAAAUGCAGAACGUUAAACGUGCAGUUCAUGCUAGACCCACGGAAAGAGUGGUGCCCAGGUCUCCCGUGGAGGGCAAGGAGCAGGUUUCUGCGGUGAAAGACGUGAUUUUGGAGUUGUAUGAUACAGAACGGAGGCUAGAAACACAAAUGAAGAGAAAUACUGUUUACAGCACGGCGCUGACAUGCGCGAUGUUUGCUUUCACUCUGCCAGUACUGUAUGUUAUAUUUAAAGGAAACUGAGCUCUAAUUAAUUAACAGAAUUUACUAGAUUAAUAAAAGUAAGCUUGCACUCUAAGCAGUUAGAGUACAACGUCAAGGAACUGUUCGUUAGCAUUUUCUCAUUAUGCUUUUUUUCUGUAUAGUUGGGAAACUUGUAAUGUCUGUCUCCAGGUGCAGACAGUGUGUUAAUAAUCAACGUGGGGCAGUUUCAGCUCCUCGAGCAAAGGAGGUCCUCCCGUUUCAACUGCUGUAUGUUUUUUACUAUCUAGUUUUGUGUAUCUUGCAAGCCAGUAACUUGCACUCCAGAGCUGUAUUCAUGAUUUUCUGUUUAAAUGAAUCGUUUAAUCUGCCAUUCAGUACUUUAUGUAUAAUCCUUUACAAUUUUGCUCCCUAUUUCUUCCUAAUUGUUCAGUUUGUCCAUGCACAGGCUUCUGGGAGUUGCCUUACAAAGGGACUGAAAUAUUUGCCCUGAAGAUAUCCUUUUUUUUUUUUUUCUUUUUUCUUGAAGAUGUGUGGCAAUGAUAGGAUAUGGCAAACGUCAGGGAUCAUAUGAUCAUGGGAGGAUUGAAAUCACCAUGAGACCUGCGUCUAUACAGCCAGAUGAUGCAUUUAAAAUACAUAUAGUAGCUUUCUCUUAAGACUAUUUAUCAUCAUGUAUCCAAAAGCUUUUCUAGAGCUUUAGCUAUUUGUUACUGAUAUCUCUAUAUCCUUAAGGUUUACAGGCACGAAGGAGAGGGAAGAGAUGGGUAAGAUGAUGUUCGCUUUGCUGAUGCAGACUGAUUUUGUCCUGUAUCAUUCCCUCGCUAGUUUGUGCUUUCAGUGAUUCUCUGGGAAGCAGUCACUUCCUAAUUCCUUCCAGUAUCUUUUCUUGGAAUAUUUUCCACUUCUUCAUUUUUCAGCUUCUUCACAGCAAGUGAAAAUUGGUACUUUUAAGCCGCUGUGUUAGGGACAAUAGUAUUAGGAAAACUACGCCAAAAUAAUGCUUGGAAAAAAAAAUAAAUUUCCAGCUGCCUGCUUUUUCUGAAGGGGGCAAAGAAUGGCUGAUUGAAGGAUAACUCUCUAAUCAGCUAAGCAUCAAUACUCACACAUAGCCCAGAGCAAGGUUGUCUGUAUUGCACUGAUAAGAUACAGUUUCCUCUCCCAAUUGUAGCAGACAGUCCCAGUUUGGAACCCCUGCUCUAUCGAGUACCUAUGCGAAACCUUUGCUGGGGACGGACAGACAAUCUCACUUCGUGCUGUAGUGCCUUGGUGUCAGCAUUUCACAGUGACUAAGCUGUUUAGUAUACAGUCUGCUAUUUAUUUUUCUGUCAGUCUUCUCUGCUUUCUUCUCCCCAUUAAAGAGAUUAAAAGAGAUUGAGGUUUUGACUGUAAACUCUUAACGUUGUAAGAUCUUUGGGACAGGGAUGAUUGCUCUGUGAGGCAUCAACCUUUUCUGGAAUCAUUAGGUACUAUCAUAACAUGAUUGAAUAAACAGUAUUAGGAAUGAUCGUGAUGAUUCACUGCUUAUAAGUGAGAUCAAGUUUGGUCGGUGUUUUGGGGGAGGACUGUUGCUGAUUUAUGUGUUGAUUAUUUGGAUUUUAAAGUGCAUAAUAAGCACUUGUUAGGGAAACUGUAUGAACCAAUGGCAGGCACUGAUAUCUGGGAUAAAAAUACUUCUUCAAGAAGCACAUGCAUAGUUUACAAAUUCUCAGGCCUCUAAUGUUUCAUUUUCUCACUACACAAAUGUUUCUACAGAUUAUCCUUCCAGUAGGAGCUUGGUGAAAAUCAGAGACAAGUACAUAAUGAAAGGGGAGAGGAGAGCAUAAUGGAUCCUAUUUAUAAUUUACCAACAGUACUCACUGAGAAUUCUGCAAAAACAAAUCCAGUUUGACUGAGUGAAUUUAGCUCCUCCUUAUUAGGCUGUGGCUGAAUUUUGGAGAUGGAGCAUCACUGAAGAGCUUGUUUAUAUGACUUGUUUAAAGCCAUACGACGACGGAUUUAAAAUGCUCUAAAUGUUAGGCAGAUAAGCUUGAAUAUCUAGGCAACACUUUGCUCA